AUGCCCUCAUUUCUUCGCUGGAUAGCACCUGCCAUCUUCUCACACCUCUUACUUUGGCCGCGAUUGACAACGGCCGACAAACACGACGACGACGAGGGUCUGUUCAGAUUCAUCUCGCGACCGGAACUGCGAGCUCCGCGAUGGAAAGUCAACGUGACGGACRAAGCUCACGUCUCGCCCGGAUACUGGUUCGUGGCACCUUUUGAGAGCAUAGACCAGAAAUCACCCGGUCAUGGCUGGAUUGGUCCGCAUAUCUACGAUGGCGCAGGCGAAUUGGUUUGGAGUGGAGUCGAUAUUACUGGUAAUUGGGAUGUUUUGGACUUUAAGAUGAGCAACGUUCGCGGCGAGAGUCUCAUGACGUUUCUGGCGAAUCGCGACGGCGAUGGGUAUAUUAUGGAUAACACGUACACCAUUCGCGAGAAGGUGGACUUGGGCACGCUGGGCGUGGACUUCAAUUCGCAUGAGUUCAAUUUUAUUGAGGGCGGCAAUCGCGCGAUUGUCAUGGAUGAGGGGAAAAGGCAGGCGACCAAGGAGCAGACGAUGGCGGUGGAGUGGAAUGAGAAUUGCACUGCGCUAUUCAACGGCUUCAAAGAGCUGGACACUACCACUUGGGAACCGGUGUUUCAGUGGAGUUCCUUUGACCACAUUGGCCUUGAGGAGAGCACUUUCCUUGAUGGAGGCGUGAAGCGGUGGUGCUCCGAUUCUUGGGGAUGGGACUUCAUACACACCAACUCCGUAGACAAGGAUCAUGAAGGAAACUACUACUUGUCCGCGAGACACACCGACACAAUCUACAAGAUCUCCAAAGAUGACGGACGUGUAUUAUGGAGACUGAAUGGUCAUGGGGGAGGCGACUUCGAGAUGGGCGAUCUGAGAUUCUCGCGACAGCACAAUGUCAGAUUCCAAGGCUUCGAUGGCACAUAUGAAUUCAUCUCCAUCCUUGACAACGCCCACGGACAGGACGAGCAGUCUUCCACCCACGAAAACUCUCGAGGUCUCAUGCUCGCGCUGGAUACCAGGUCACAGCCCAAGGUCGCAUUGAUAGUGUCCGCGAUUGAACAUCCUGAUGGAAGCGGGUCGUUUGCUCCUCGGAGAGGAAACUACCAAAGGUUAAAGAACGGCAACGUUUUCAUGGGAUGGUCCGAGCAGGCCGUCCAAAGUGAGCAUACCGAGGACGGUAGACUGGUAAUGGAAGCCUCACUUAUCCCCAAUUGGUUGGGAACAUACCGCGCUUACAAGUUUCCCUUUGAGGGUCACCCAUUGGAACCUCCGGUAGCUCACUCCGCGGCAUUUGGUAGCGAGGCCAGGAAUUCCACCACAACUCUCGUACACGCAUCGUGGAACGGUGCGACCGAGGUCGACCAGUGGAAUAUGUACAAAACAACAGACUCCGGCGAGCCUAAGAUUCCCAUCUUUGAGAAGAAGCGGACCGGAUUUGAAACGGCUCUGGCCUGGGACGGCUACGCCAGCUAUGUGAUUGUCGAGGCUUUGGACAAGCAUGGCAAAGUCCUCGKCACGACUGAUAUCAUUCGAACCGUAGCGCCCGGCUCGGGAGACAUCAGCGCCGCAGUUGCAGAGGAGCUAUAUUGGCUUCAAGACCUGCGCGGAGAGAACCACGAGUGGAGUUCAGACGUUUAUGACUACGCCGCGAGCCGUCCCGUGGGCUACUCAUUCGUCAUGUUCCUGUUUGGCGUAGUGUUCAGCGCCGGAGUAUUUGUGAUUAUCAGGAGAUGGAGAAAUCGGACACUCUUCCCCACGCCCAAGUCGUCGUCUGCUUCUCGAUAUGAGGCKGUCGGUGCGGAAGAAAUGGGUGAGCUGGAAGAUCAAUAUCGGCAGCAUAGCCAACGUUCCAGUCGAUAG